GUGCGCAGUGUCGGAGCGUGAAGGGGGAAGCUUUCCUCGUCGCUGGGUCCGUUCGCUUCUCUCUGGAGAGAGAAAAAAGCGUCUCUGAGGUGCUGUCCAUUUUCUCUGCUGCCUCGCACUCUUGUCCACUCCUGCUUUCACCAUGGUUAAGAAGAAUAGUAUUCCUGCUGGAUGGCGGAAUGUAUCGCCUAUAGGACAACCUAUAGCAGGAACCCGGUUCAUUCCUUUCAAAGCACCCAUGAAAGGGGAAAUCAACCAGCGACUGACACCAACUCAAAAGUUCACUCCAAAAAAUCUGAUAGCUGCAAUAAAAGCUCUAAAUAUAGAGCUUGGCUUAAUUAUAGAUUUAACAUAUACAACAAGAUACUAUCAUAUGAAGGAUUUGCCUAAAAAUGUGGUCUAUAAGAAACUUUAUACUAUUGGAUUUGAAGUUCCAGAUGAUCCUACUAUUCUACAAUUCAAAAAAUUGGUCAGAAAGUUCCUAUGGGAAAAUGCAGAAAAUGCAAAGCUCAUAGGAGUACACUGUACUAAUGGAAUCAAUAGAACAGGUUAUCUUAUCUGUAGAUAUCUUAUUGAUGUUGAAGGCUGGGAUCCAGAAACAGCAAUCCAAGCUUUUGGGGAGGCUCGUGGUCACCAUAUUGAUGGGAAAAUAUACCUGGCAGAUCUCAAAACACAACCAAUGAGAAGCAAUCUUGGAAUGAAUUUAUGGGAUGCUGAUGGAGAUAUUGCACCGCCACCAAAUGAUGUUGAUGGACAUGUUGAUAGAUUCCCAAAUGAAGAAUAUCCUAGGCAUGGGAAAAGAGUAAGAGUUUUUGACUAUGGCCACAAUGAAUUACCAGAACAGGUUCAAUUGAGAGAGUUCGAUUUCAUUAACAAAGGUCCUGGACAACGGCGAAAACCAUACCAUGAUCACCAGUUUCAAGAUGAUUUGCAGCCACUAGUAGAAAUAAGUCAAGGGCAUUUUCCUGACUGCCAGUAUUAUGAUGAUGACUAUCAAGAAGAAAUGCGCAUGAUGGAUUUAAGAGGAUCAGAACAUAGGCUGAGUCCUUUCCAUGAUCAGUUUUCUGAUGACUUUCUAGGAAGGGCACCACCAGAAGAUCUUAGUAAUGUGGGUCAUGAUCAGAGGCAAAUACAUUUUCCUGACAUCCCUGCUCUCAGAAGUAUGCUGCUAGAUACGGAGGUUGAGGGGGGCCAUGUAGAAAGGCGGAGACCAUUUUAUGAACCACAAUCUAAUGAUGGCUUUCAACCAAUUGUGCAGUUAAAAGACCUAACAUUCCAGAAGAGAUCUCUGCAAAGAAUUAGACAUUUUCAUGACUGUCCCCCUCAUGAUGAUAUGCAGCCACCAGUAGGAGACUUUGAGUUUGUUAGUAGGGGCCAUGGACAAAGAAUGGCACCUCUCCCCGACCACCAGCAUCACAUCGAUGACUUACAAAGAGAGGUGCCACUAGAAGAUUUUGAUGAUAGAGAUUCUGGAUCAAGAUGUAGACGUUUUCAUGGUGAUAUCGCUGAGGAAACACAACUGAAAGCUUUUCGAAAUAGGGGACCUUUUAAUGACCACACGCCCCAUGAUGAUGUGCCAUGUGAAGGAUAUUUAGAAAGAGGUCAUCCUUUUCUUUCUCAUGAGCACUUCACAGAAUCUCCUUUACUUCACAGAGAAAAUGAUUAUAAUAGAGAUUGCAGACCUGAUUGCCCUGAAGAUUACAGGAGAAGCCGCCCUUCUAAUGAUGAAAUUAACAAAGAAAGAAAAACCAGAUUUGCACCAUGUCCCUCACAGCCAAUACAUCACUCUUCAUCCGUGCAACAGAAAGUUAGUUCAGUUUCAGUGGACCAUGGAAGGGAACUUCAACCUAAAAUUACAAGUGAGACAGAGCAAAGGAAAAGACUGCCUGUAGUAACAAUUGAUUACAAUUAUGGUUUGCCUUUAGACUAUGCAUCUGAAGAUGAAGAUAGAUCACACUAUGAUUUACCUCCAAAACAGCACCAGAUUUGGAAAUGAGCCAAGUACGUGUGGCCAUGCAUGUUUACCCAUUAUCCCUUGUGCGGGGACCAAACCUUUUCUCAAACUGAAGAAGCAUAUCUUUAAAAAUUACAGCACUCGUAUCAGUAGUAAGACUAGUUUCCACAAAUGUUUGGGGUUUUUUACAUGUAGAUAGUGGUACAUUUGUUACGUAUAUGUGGAGACAAAUGUCCAACCUCUGUAAAAUAAAAAUAGUGGUUACCCAUAGUGAAAUUGGAAGACCACAGCUUACAGCACCACAGAAGCUGUGUUCUUCUCACUUCCCCUAUUUUGAAAUGUACAUAUAUUGCUUCAACUUAUGAAAUGUGUAAUAAAAUAAUUUAAAGACAAA